AUGUGCAAUAGCGACCAGACCGAGGCCAUGGAAAAGAAGCCACAAUGUGCUGUGCUGUUUUUGAUUUUGGGAAAGGCUUUGAGUCGACUGGGUAGGUCGGUAGUAGGUACAGACAGCUACUUUGCGUAG